UUUGUUUUUUUUUGUGUUUUGUAUAUAGUGAAAAUGUCGGGAGCAUAUUUUUUGAUCGAUUUUAUGAACAAUGAUAUUAACAAUAUCAUAAAACAGCCACUAAAGCAUACGCAACGCAUUAAGUAUACUUGUUUCAAUGUAUCCAAAAAUUACUUAAUUUUUGGUUCAUUAAGUGGUGGACUAUAUGUGUUUACAAGAAAUCCAUGUGAAUUCCUCAAGCUAGUUCCAACGAAGGAAGGAGCAAUAUCUAAUAUUGCUAUUGCCCCAAAUGAGAAGGCUAUUGCUGCAGGCACCGAAAAGGGUUCAGUAAUUCUAAUUGAACAUUGUUUUACUGAUUGCAAUUACAAACAUCAAGUAUAUAAUGAGCAUAAAGGAUACAUUAUAACAGCCCUAAUUUGGAAUUUCAAUGAUCUUUAUUGUGGGGACAGCAGUGGAAAAGUAUCAGCUAUUUCAAAUAUAGGAAGUUUGACAAAAACCAUAUUCCAUAAUCCAAUUACUAUAUUGAUGAACUUGGAUAGUAGAAUUGUACAGUUAGAUGUAUACUACAAAUACUUGUUAGCGUCAACUGAAACUAAAACAUACCUUUGUGACACGGAUUUUGAGCAAUACCGACAGAUUGGAAAAAAAGUUAGGAAAGGCGAGUUCGGAGCAUGCUUUUACGCCGUGAGUCCAUCGCAAAAAGUAGCUUUAAAAAGUAAGGACAGAAGUAUUUUCAAAAUAUUAAAGGACGAUGAGAUAUUCGCGACUGAAGAAAAUUUGGAAGGCGUUAAGAUAUAUUGCACGAGACCCGGUUUGAGAAUAUGGGAAGCAGAUUUUAAUGCUUCCGUUAUCUGUACUCAUCAAUUUAAGACGAGUCUGCACGAGGUUAAAUCGGAGCUGGUCUCUAUAGAUCGUAGUAAAGCCGACGCGAAUUUGAAACUGACCGUGAGCGGUGACGUUCAUGGCAUCGUCAAUUUCUCGAAAAUCAUCGUCACCGACAAUUUCUUCAUUACCUUCGGACCUAAUUUACUAAUGAUCUUUGAUAGUGAGAUGAAAUUGAUAUUUAAAUGUAAAUCAAUUAUAAAGGAUGUUAAAGUUGUGAAAAAUUAUAUAUAUUUGUGGAAUUCCAAAGAUAUUAAAAUGAUGGCCUUGAUGGAUUUAGAAAUGCUGCUCGCCGAAGCAUUGAAUAAUAAGCAAUUUUAUAUGUGCGCUCAAAUAUCUUUGAAGUACAAAGAUGAGUUGAAGAAUAUAAAAAUGAAUCUCUCAAGUAUACUUAAGGACAAGUUGCAGGGUAACAAAAUUUUAUCGCAGUUAGAACCGCAUUUGGAAAAGUUGCAAAAACAAGCUAGUGUUUCAAAUGGAAUUGUUACUGUUGAUAAUGGUUACGUUCGUGAAGGCUGUUCUUCGCAUAAAGAAAACCAUUCGGAACCGGAUGAAAUUUCUGAAAAAGCAAAGGAUGAGCCUUUACAUGUCGAAGAUCAAACAGAGAAAUCGGAAGAUACUAACUACGUAACAAAUAUAAUUUUUAGGCAAUAUCAAGUGAAUAAGAUGAAUGAAAAAUUAAAGUUACCUCAAUUUAAAGAACUAUUAAUUGCCAGAUCUUUAGAUGUUAUAUUAGCUCAAUUCAAACAGUUUGAAGAGUAUAUAAGUAAAUUAGAACCAGAUGACAAUAAUGUUUCAGAGUGGUGUUAUAAUCAAUUUGUUGAUCAUUUAAAAGAUGAAAAUUUAUUGAAAGGCCUAGAUAAAGAUUCGCUAGAGUUCAACUAUAUUUUAGAAAUGUUUAUAAAGUAUAAUGGAAAUAGUUCCCUAUUAUGCAGCUGCGGGUUUCCCUUGCCUAAUGCAAAAAAUAAUCAACCAAAGUUUUAUGAUGUUGGCUGUGAAUUGAUCCAGAAGAAAUCUGAUAUUUAUAAAUCCGUUCCCUACAUGUAUAAGAACCAUAUAGAGUCUACUUUUACGAAAAACAUAAAUUUGCCUUUACUUGUUCAAUUCUCCGAUAUCGACCUCUUCUGUAGAUAUUCUAAAAAGUUUACGUACGAUUUGUGGGACGAAUCUGUGAGGAAGUUAAUUAAGUAUAAACAAAAAAAAUGUUUAAAUUGUGAUAAAGCUAUAGAGUUUGAUUCCACCGCAACAAUAUCUUGGAAACAAUUCGCUCUAAGUAUGAUUAAAUCAAUAGGCGGUGUUAACACAGUCGAGUUAUUAAAGAAGUAUUCCAAAUAUAUAGAUAACAGUGAAUUGGGUGUACAGUUUUAUCAGUUGUGUAUAUUUAGCGAAAUUACUGGAGAACACGAGAAGAGCACAACUUUCGUUGAAACCAUAAACGGAAAACAGGAUCAGUUCGAAUUGAGCUUAAAAAAGUUUUUAAGCAAUAAGCAUGCAGGAGAUUUAAAAGGUAAAGAUGUUAUUAAACCCAAUCAAAAGUGUUCAAAAUGUGAUCUUGUUAUAAAUUCUGCGAUAUUAGAACAUUGCACAUUGGUUUGUGGACACCAAUAUCACAACAUAUGUUUAAUCGGCGACGUUUGUUCUAUUUGUGAUAUCUAAAUAAAUAUAUUUAUUCAAGAAAUUACUUUGCAGUUUACUGUAUA